AUGAGCCGGCAGCACGUCGGGCACCAGGGGAGGCCCCAGCAUCCUGGGCUGGAAGAACAGGAACAUGGCCAGCAGGUCAAGGCUGAGCUAGAUGCUGAACAUGCACAGAAGGUUUUGGAUAUGGAGCACACCCAGCAGAUGAAGCUAAAGGAGCGCCAGAAGUUCUUUGAAGAAGCCUUCCAGCAGGACAUGGAGCAAUACCUUUCUACAGGAUACUUGCAGAUAGCAGAGAGGCGAGAACCAAUUGGAAGUAUGUCUUCCAUGGAAGUGAAUGUGGACAUGCUGGAGCAGAUGGACCUAAUGGACAUGUCUGACCAAGAAGCACUUGAUGUCUUUUUAAACUCAGGAGGCGAAGACAAUAAUAUGCUUUCUCCCAUGCUGGGGCCUGAGUCCAACACCUACGCGAAUGAGAUAAGUCUUCAGGUUCCGAGCCAGUCUGAGUUACGACAGAAACUGUCUUCGCUGUCAUCAACCUGUACCGAUUCUGCCAGCCAAGAGGCGAGUGAAGGAGAGUCACCAGUUAUUCAGUCUGAUGAAGAGGAAGUUCAGGUGGACACUGCUCUCGCUGCUGUAGCUGAAAGAAAGGGUGCUUCAGAUGUUAGUGAUGAAAGUGACUCUCAAACUAUUUGAAUCUUAAAACCAUAUCCUUUAAAGAAUGACUUCUGAAUGAAUGAACUAGUGAAUGAAAAGCUUGCCUGUGUAACAAUUUGCUAACCAAGCAGAACAGCCAGAUCUUUGUACUUAGUAAUACCGCCUUUUUACAGAAUUGCCAGUCAUGUGGAGGUUGGUUUUUUAAAAAAAAAAAAAAAGAAGCCUAAAGCACACACACUUUAACAGUAGUCUUGGGGCUCAGGGGAGCAGUGAAGCAGUUGUAUAUACUAUGUAUAAGAGAAUUAACGGGGAAACAUACAAGUUACUUUGACCACUAACCUUGAAAUGGCUGAUUGGAAAUACUUAGCCUUGAUGUGUAAUACUGAACCCAAAUUGUUCCUUGCAUGUUUUCAGCUGCUGCAACUGAAGAUUUAGGAUCCGAACCAAAAUGACAAGUUAUUUUCUACUCUUUACUACCUACUGUCUGCCUACUGCCUUUGUCUACUAAUGCAGCAGCAUCUACUCUCUCACACUUCUUAUUCAGGACCAACUUAGUUAUCAUAGGUGUUAAGAAAAAAAAAAAAGAAACUGAAAAAGAGGAGCGAUGCAUAUCGAAAUGUUACACUCCCCGUGGAGCAGAUUUCUUAGCAUUGUAUAAACUUACUCCUCUUUCAAGAUAAAAUAAAGUAUUUCUAUCCCAACCA